UUGGAAAGAGGCGGAGUUUAGGAUAACGGUUAAAGGCGAGCCCAGUUGCAGUCGGCUGCAGCGUAUUCAUCAUUCCGAGUGGCAUUGUGGCGAAGUUACGUGUAGCAUAGACGAGUAGCGGAUUUUCGUCGUGAAUAAGGAGCUCCAUCUACGUCGACAUGGCUGAUCAGCUUACAGAAGAGCAGAUUGCCGAAUUCAAGGAGGCGUUUUCGCUUUUUGACAAGGAUGGGGAUGGCACCAUCACCACCAAAGAGCUGGGCACAGUCAUGCGCUCUCUUGGGCAGAACCCCACAGAGGCGGAGUUGCAGGACAUGAUCAACGAGGUGGAUGCUGAUGGAAACGGUACGAUAGAUUUCCCAGAAUUCCUGACGAUGAUGGCCAGAAAAAUGAAGGAUACGGACAGUGAGGAGGAGAUCAGAGAAGCAUUCCGUGUCUUCGACAAGGAUGGGAACGGCUACAUCAGUGCUGCGGAGCUACGUCACGUAAUGACAAACCUCGGGGAGAAAUUAACUGAUGAAGAAGUCGAUGAGAUGAUCAGAGAAGCGGACAUUGAUGGUGACGGACAGGUCAACUAUGAAGAGUUCGUACAAAUGAUGACGGCAAAGUGAGGGCCUUGUACAGAUUUCGUAUAUAAAUUUGCCUUUUUUUUGUGUAAUUUAUCUGUAAAAUCUUAUUAACCCCCUGCGUCCCUGCCCCACUGCUGUCCAAAGGAACUGCAUGUAAACUGCAUAGGCUCUUGUCCCCAUGUCCCUUUUUUUUCCUUUUGUUGUCAUGGUGUUUGAGUGACAAACGGUCAUCCAACCAGAUGCCUGCGGAGGCCCUUGGGAGCCGGAGGAUGAACUCCUCUGUAUUGUGCUCGGGGCCUUUUCUGGCAAGGCGACAUUGGCAACCUGUCAGGUGGUUAUCACUUGGCAACACCGUUGGCAUGGAAACGAUGUAGAGGGAGAUGAAACUCUGCAUGGACUAUGGACAAAGUAUAUGUGGGAAAUCUCUCAGCAUUGCACUACUGCAAAAAAAAUGACACGGGUGUAUCUCUUAGGUACUCGUACAAACUUUUUGUAUCUGCUGUUCUAUAUACCAGAAAAUGACUAAUCUUACCAUGCUUUUUAAUGUUUUACUCACUCAUUUUCUUUUUUUUUUUUUUGUGGCCUCUGGCCAUGCCUCAAAUAAUCCAUUCCAAGUUGUAUAUUUUUGUUUUCCAAUAAAAUUUACAAUCUA